AUGGAAACGCCAUACCUAACUCAUAUAACAUCCGACGACUUCAAAUAUGUUUAUGAACCAGCUGAAGAUAGUUUUCUAUUGCUUGACGCACUCGAGGCAGACUUGCCAAAGCUCAGAUCCGAUCGGCCAGCGAUUUGUACAGAAAUUGGUUCGGGCAGUGGUGUCAUCAUAACAGCCGUAGCGAAAGCACUGCCUGAAACGGCUUGCUUCGCUAUUGACUUAAAUCCACGCGCUUGUGAUGUUACCGAACGAACGGCAACGAAAAAUGGAGCCAAUUUAAAUGUUGUCAACAUGAAUUUACUGAACGGUUUCCGCUCGAAUGUCAUCGAUGUGUUGAUUUUCAAUCCACCUUAUGUUGUGACACCCGAUGAAGAAAUCGAUUCAUAUAAAUCGCCGAAAGAUAAUCCCUUCAACGACAAUAUAAUCAAGUCAUGGGCAGGAGGCACCGACGGACGAUUCAUAAUGGAUCGUGUUUUCGAUGCAAUGGAUAGCAUUCUAUCAGCGAACGGUGCAGCUUACAUUCUGGUCAUUGAGGAAAACAAACCAAAAGAAAUCAUAGCUAAUAUGAAGACGAAAGGUUUUUGCGGGUCGAUUAUAGCUGAACGUCGAAUACGUGGCGAACAUUUGUAUGUUAUAAGAUUUCAAAGGAUUUCGCAAACGCUAGAUUUAUAACUUCAUUGAAGUGCAAUUGUAAUAAACUUGAUGGUUUUUCAUUCA